UGCUCUUGGUGCUUUGAAAAGCCUUUAAUCUGACAUAAUUGACGGCUGAAAUCUUGUAUUAAUCUAGUCAAAAGUCAGAGACUUAAUGAAAGCGGAGGAGGAUUGUUUUCCUUUAAUUUUUUCGUUGUUAAAGACAACGUCUGACAUGAGUUCACCUACUUGCUGCAUUUCUAAUGUUUGCAAUCCACAAAGGUCUAGAUUCUCAAAAGGAUAUCAAAGCAUCCUGUUGUACCAUUAUAAACCUUUGGGACUUGUUGAUCAUUAUUGUCAAUGCUGCUGCAUAUUUUGGUACUGGAUGAACUGCUAUGGCAGGAAGUUAAGGCGGACAGGACCUGAACAGCUGAACAGUAGAAAUGACUUGGUUUCUCCACCCCAGCAUUCCAGGGUGAACGGCUGGUCUUUACCACUCCACACCUUUCAGUUUGUUGCUCUGCUGUUUUACACAUACCUGGCCAUUGUAGGGUUUGGGAUCUACAUACCUUUGCUUCCCCAUGGAUGGAAAUAUGCUGCCUAUGCUGUGAUCGGUGUCCUUUUUGCGCAUCACUUAGUUGCUCACCUUGUUGCUAUCACCAUUGACCCAGCAGAUCAUAAUGUGCUGGCCAAGAAAAACUACAGCAGCCCCAUGCCAGUCUUUGACAGAGGCAAGCACAAGCAUGUCAUUCAGAACCAGCACUGUUAUCUCUGUGAAGUUGACGUAGGGCCAAAAGCCAAACACUGUAGUGCCUGUAAUAAGUGCAUUGCGGACUUCGAUCACCACUGUAAGUGGCUCAAUAACUGUGUGGGAGGCAGAAAUUACUGGUUUUUCUUCAAUGCUGUUGCCUCUGCUGUACUUGGUGUCUUCCUCCUGAUACUGGUGAUCCUUUAUGUCUUCAUCCAGUACUUUGUGAAUCCAGCACAACUACGCACAGCACCUCAGUUUGAAAGAGUCAUUGGAAACAACACAUGGUUGGCCUUUCUUCCUGUUGCUCCUGCGGAGACUGCAGCAGCUGGAAUCCUGACUAUAGCGGUGAUCACUGUGCUCCUGGGAAUUGCAUCGCUCCUGCUACUGGGACACUUGUUGAUAUUUCAUCUUUACCUCUUGGGUAAGAAGCUGAGUACUUUUGACUAUAUCACAGAGCAGCGACGCACACAGAAUACCAGGGACCCAGAAAGUGAUGUGGAAGUGACAGAAAAUACAUCUGUCAGAAUGGAUCCCCUACAGGAUUUGUCUUUAUCAAGUCAACAAAAGGAGUGUGAGGUUUCAGUUUCAUCUCGAUCUGGUGCUCUACGGUAUCAGGAAACUGGACAGCUCUCCAUUAAAUACCCAAGUGUCAUAUGUACUGAAGCAUCUGAUAUUGCUUCCUUUACCAAUUUGUCUCCUGGUCCAGAGACCGUGCCAAAAAGGACUAAAGAAACUCUGUGUGAGAAUAUUCAUCAGAACAAGGAAAUAAGUGAUACUGAAAUGGCAGACUUUGGAGACUUACAGUCUAACUGCAACCAGUCGUUAGAGGAAUCUCACUGGGGAAGUCUUGGCUCCAUGAAGCAGAUCCCAUCUCCGCGAAAUCUCCAUGAGGAAUCCACAAGGAACAGCACUCUUCUAGUGUGUUCUGUGAAUGCAAACACUUUGGCCGUCUCCGAUCAGGUACUGAGUCCCCCUGAAAGUGGAAGGCCAGAUGCUUCUAUAGAGGAAUCUGCCAAUCAUUGCAAAAGGACAGCACUGGCAAAAGAAGGCAUUGAAAUGGCACAAAGUGAAACUGCCGCUUUUUCUUCACCAAAACAAAAUGACUCCUCAGAGCCAAUUUCAACGCACAGUUCCCUUGCAGUCUGAUGCAUCACAUCUUCUAUUCUGAGAAACAGCAGUACUGUGAAAUACUGAAAGGCAGACUUCUCAGAGACCAAUUCACGAUACUAAUAUAAAGACUUGAGCAACUGGAACCUUUUUCAUAUUGGGAAGUAGCCAGAAGUACACAUCUAGAAAGGCAGACGAGAUGGCCUUCAGGAAAGCAGAUAUCCUGGUUACAAUUGGCUUGUGAGAGAUGAACAAUUUUGAUACAGACUAUCUUCUGGGGAAUGGCUGAAUUCCCGAUUUUAUGCUAGCUGUUUGAGGGGUAUUGAAAGAAGAGGCAGAAGGGGGUGUAGCCACUUUGAGGGCCAAGGUGGAAUAACUACCUAUGAUAAUUUUUAUCCAGCUCUGCCUCCCCUUGUUCAGAGUCACCCUGUCUUCCUGCCUGCACUCUUCACAUGAGUAAUCAUCUCCUACUGCCUGGCCCUACCCCAUCAUCCGCCCUGUCACAACAGCAGAUGGGUGGCUGUAGAGACUGAGAGAGGACUUUGGCAUGGAGAUCAUAGCAGCUCUUGCUGAAGAAGUAGCCAAUAGGCAAUAGCAGCUGGACAGUGAGAAUGAGCUUAUUCACCUGCUGAGGCAGGGGCGGGCAAACUUUUUGGCCUGAGGGCCACAUCAGGUUUUGGAAAUUGUAUGGAGGGCCAGUUAGGGGAGGCUAUGCCCUCACCCCCUAUCUGCCCCCCCCCCUUGCUUCUCACUCCCUGA